AUGAGAAGAAAUUACCCCAUGGAGCUCCCAGAUGACUUUUGGAUCCCUGUACCGUUGGACACCGACAACGUGACUUUAUUCAGCCCCUUCCUGGUUCCUCAGGAUCACCUGGGGACCAAGGCCAUCUUUUAUUCCAUGUCGGCAUUUAUGUUCUUGCUAUUUGUCACUGGCACCACCGUCAACGUCCUCACCAUCACCUGCACCGCUCAGCACAAGAAGCUACGCUCUCACCUCAACUACAUUCUGGUGAACUUGGCUGUGGCAAACCUGAUCGUCUCCUCGGUGGGUUCCUUCACGUGUUUUUAUUGCUUUGCUUUCCGAUACAUGGUCCUUGGGCCGCUGGGGUGCAAGAUUGAGGGAUUUACAGCAACUCUUGGGGGUAUGGUAAGCCUCUGGUCUCUGGCAGUGAUAGCUUUCGAAAGGUGGCUGGUUGUGUGCAAACCUCUUGGGAACUUUGCCUUUAAACCCAACCACGCCAUAGCUUGCUGUGCAGCGACUUGGGUGUUUGCUUUGAUGGCUGCAGUUCCUCCGCUGCUUGGAUGGAGCAGGUACAUUCCUGAGGGGAUGCAGUGCUCCUGUGGUCCGGAUUGGUACACUACCAACAACAAGUUUAACAAUGAGUCCUACGUGAUGUUCCUCUUCUGCUUCUGCUUCGCGGCCCCCUUCUGCACUAUUGUUUUCUGCUACUCACAGCUGCUUUUUGUGCUGAAAUCUGCAGCAAAAGCCCAGGCGGAGUCUGUUUCUACCCAAAAAGCAGAGAAGGAGGUGAGCCGGAUGGUUGUCAUCAUGGUCCUGGGUUUCCUGGUGUGCUGGAUGCCCUAUGCCUCCUUUGCCAUUUGGGUCGUGAAUAACCGUGGGCAGCCUUUUGACUUGAGGCUUGCCACCAUACCCUCCUGUCUCUCUAAAGCGUCCACAGUCUACAACCCAGUCAUCUACAUCAUCCUCAAUAAACAGUUCCGCUCAUGUCUGAAGAAGAUGCUCGGCAUCGGUGAAGGUGAUGAGGAUGAAACAUCAGCAAGUCAGUCGGUCACUGAAGUCUCUAAAGUUGGACCUGCUUAAAUUCUUCAUCACUUGCACAGUAUAAAGAAUGGCGAC